GUGGAAGGAACGUUGUUAUGCGCAGGACUUUGUCAGCUGAUGUUAGAGGUUGAUGGCUAGAUGGACGGAUAGUGCUGGGAUAGAUUUAUAGAUGGAUACAUAGCUAGAUAGAUACAUAGAGAGAUGGAUGAUGCAGGGAUAGAUAAAUAAGCACGUACAUAAUGAGGAUAGCAUCAGAAGGCCUUUACCUCAUGCUUGCAGAGGAGCAAAAAUCUCAAAGUUGACAAGUAGAAAACAUGUACUGACUCCGAAGCUUUCGCUUCGUUUUUCUCGCACAAGCUGACAGCUUUCUAAUGAACGGCGUCGAGAUGGGAAAUGCAUACGUCGUGAAGUCUUUCAGAGAAGACGGCACGAUGCUAGCAGAGUUUCAAAUGGAAGAAGACAGUACCUGGCUACAGAAAUGUUGUUGUCCUAGCUGCCGCGAAUUGAGUCUGGACCUCGUUGAAAUUACGAGUAGCUCCUAAAUAUUAAUAUUAAUUUUAUAGUUUCAUCUUGAUCGUCCACGACACCCUGCAACAACCUUGAAGCAUCUUGGUCUUUUGGAACCUUCAGAAUCUUAAGGGGAACAAAAGAUCUUGAGAAGAUGCUCAGUAGGAUGGGAGGACGACGAUAGCUCUAAUGAAAAAAGGAGUGAGACGGCAGCGAUUAGAUUAAACGCAGAAGGCCAGAUGGAAGAAGAGCAAGGACG